AUGGCGGCUUCGGUUGCGCGGCAUCACCUUGAGCAGCAGCCGACGGGGGCGACGAGCAUGAUGGCGCGGGUGGAGCGGCUGGACCUGGUGCUGGGCUACCUGGAGGAGAUGAUGCAGCAGCAGCACCGCCGCACCAGCCGUAGCACCACCACCGCCACUUCCUCGCCCUCCACCCCUGCAGCUACCGGCGGCGGGCUCAUGAUGAUGAGUGAUGACUCGUCGGCCGCCAGCACGCCGCGGGGGAGCAAGAGCUGGCGCCGCGCGUCCUGGUGCCGCCCGGCCAAGGAGGCGCUGGAGGAGGCGCAGGCCAAGGGCACCCUCGUCGACCGCAUCGCCUUCCUGGAGGACCGCGUGCUCAAGAUGGAGGAGGACAUGGACAUCAUCACGCCGGAGAAGAUGAUGACGAUGAGCGGCUGUGGCCACGACGCCACCAGCAGGGAUCAUCGCAGCAGCAAGAAGAAGGGGCUCAAGAGCUUUGUCAAGUCCUGCGUCAGAGGCAAACUCAAGACCAAGGACUAGCCGCCACCUACAUGCUAUAUAUAUAUAUAGUAGUAGUAGCAGACUAGUCGUAUAGUAUGUGUAUAUGUGUGCCUGCCUAUAUAUAUAUAUAUACAUUUAUAUAGCAUGUAGUUGUCUUCUUUUUCUCCCUUGA